AAAUGUGAUUACUAUCCUAGUCAAUAGCAAUAAUAGCAACUGAAAAAUCGUUGAAGUUAUGAGAAUUUUAGAAGUUUGGAGAAAAAGAAAGAAAAAUGGCGGCAACGAGUGACGAAGAAAUGGAGGCGCUGCUCUCCACUUUCAAUCAGAUCUACGAGGAUGUAAAGAAUGAUGUUUCGGAAAUCCAAUCGCUGAAAUCAAAACACAGUUCAGAGUUAAAAUUGCGUGAAUCUCUUCAAAUCACUUGCAAUAACCUCAAAAAAGAAAAUGAAGAGUUGGCAAAACUAUAUUCUGAAUCCUUAAAGAAUGUGGCUCAUCAGCUUGAUUUCCAAGAGAAAUGCAUGAAUUUGAAAGAGGAACUAGAAAGAUCAAAUAAUGAAGUUAUCUCUAAAGAAGAUGGACAUAGGACGGCUUUAAAAUUGCUUCAGCAAGAAUAUGAUGAAAAAAUUGCUACUUUAGAAACUCAACUUAAGUGAGUAUUGAUUGUUGUCUAUACAUUGCUGUUACUGAAUUUAUGUAUUGUUCUUUCCAUGGUCAUGAUGUUGGAAAUUCAAUGUCAAUUUUAGA